AUGGAAGCCCUCGACAUCAAGCCAUAUGAUGUACUGCAAGCCCUCUGCAUCGAGCCAUGCCACUCGGAUGGCUCGGUCACCUCGGAAGAAUCUUCUACGCGAACUAGAAGUUAUUUGACCGAAGAAGAAGAAGAAGAAGAAGGCACAGGACACGAGGCUCUCAACACUCGUGUCUUUCUAGAUCUGAAACAUGAAGAGCCGGAAACCCCUACUUCAAAGGUAGAAUGCACAAGAUACGAGACUGCCACGUCUCGUGUCUUUCUAGAUCUGAAACAUGAAGAGCCGGAAACCCCUACUUCAGAGGUAGAAUGCACAAGAUACGAGACUGACACGUCUCAUGUCUCGCUAGAUCUCAAGCUAGCCAGUGAUCAGGGCGAGGCGAGAGAUCAAUCCAACGACCUAGAGCCGUUGGCUAAAAAAACUUUCCCCUGCAAAUUCUGCACGAGGGAGUUUUCGACCUCCCAGGCGCUGGGAGGCCACCAAAACGCGCACAAGGAAGAGAGGGCGAUGGUCAAGCAACGCCGCAAAAUGGUGGAUGCGGCCGUGGCGGGUCCCACGCGGCUACAAUAUGGCCACCCAUACUUACCCUACUUAGCAUACCCUAACUUCAAUAGGCCGAUUGGGGUUAGGGCACAAUCGAUCAUACGUAAACCCUACUCUCACUACCAUCAAGCGAUGGCGCGACGUCUCGCCCAGGAAAAGAUGUCUAGAGCUUACUUGGUAAGGCCCUCACCAUCAAUGAAGGUUGAUGGAUCUCUGAAUUUAAGAGGAAACCCUAAUCAACGGCUGAGAUCGAGGGAUGGUGGAUUUCUGAGUUUAGGGGGAAAGCCUAAUUCUGCCGCUAUUAAGGAUGUGGCAACUGAUAACGGCCAUCAAUGGCUUGGAUUGAGAGUUGGUGGUGGUGGCGAUCAACAUGAAGCUGCAGAAGAACUUGAUUUGGAGCUUAAGCUAUGA